AUGUCCGCCACGCCCAUUAAAUUCUCUGGAAUACAGACCCCAGUUUUUUACCGUCUAAAAUUUUGGUUGCGGACCGUGGCAGCACAAAUAUUGUCAACCCCGCAAGCCGCAGCCAAGUUUCGACAUCCAAGUAAACGAUUAGCAAUUGAUAAGACAAUUGCCGAAAUAACUAGCAAGCAAGCCAACAAUUCCCUUUUUGCUAAACGUCCGGAUAAACAAGGAUGGUUAAACAAGCCGACGGGCGGUGAGGAAAGAUUAACAAAAAGUAGUCUGAUAGAAGUUAUGAAAACUAACGAAAACGAAAAACCAAAAAUCGGACCUGAGUAUUUAACCGAAUUAACUGCCGAGAUUGCGGAAAUGGGUAAAUGUCCAGUGGUUGCCAAAAAAAGUGCGACGGGGGCAUAUAUAAACGAGACAACGAUUAUUAUUCUUUCCGUCAUCCCCAGUGUGGGGCUUAUGUUUUUUGGCUACGGAAUGGCGAAAGCACCGAGGAAUGAUAUUGUGCAAAUUGCAAAUUCGAAUUAUUAUGCGUUGCACGAUAAAAAGAGAAGAAGAACCGCACCAGGAAAAUCAUGCCUUCGAGCCCAAUUUAGAUUGCAGUCUUUGCCAACAAUGAGCCGAAAGGAAAAUAUUAGCGAUAUUGAGAACAUUGUUAAUGCUUUGAAGGAUAUACUCGUCUUUGGUGAUUUGGAAAACGAAAUACCCACUUUGUCAGAAACCAAACUCGGGUUAGCCGCUUCCGAUCAGGUUAGCCAUGAGGAAUUAAAAACGGCUAACCUAGAAUUAAAUGUGGUUAAGGAGGUGGUUGAACAAAUCGAGAGGGUUAGCCAGGUUGAAUCUGAAAAAAGUAUACAACCAUCAGAGGUUAGCCGUUUAACCAUGGCCAACCCAGAAAAUGAUGUUGAGACGGAUGCUCAGGUUAGCCACAACCAAGUCGAACAAAUAGAAUUCCGAGAUAAGGUUAGCCGUGUUAUACCCGAAAAUGCCAAACUUCCUAAUGAAGACCGCCAAACUUUUUCUGAUGUAAAAACCAAAAAACAGGUGAAACAAAAACCCGAAACAAUUAAGGUUAGCCGUAUUGUUCCUGAUGAAUUUAUUGAUAAAAGCAAUGUCCCAAGAAAAAUAGUUGAGGGUCAAAAAUAUGUUUAUAUUAAUGGUCGUUGA